CAAGCGGCCGAGGAGCGAGGACGAGAGAGCGCGGCCGGCCCGGCCGGGCCCCGGCCGCCUGCGCCGCGCUGCCCUCAGCUCCGAUCCUUCUCCAUGGCUCUGCGGCCGCCGCCGCCCUCCAGCCCGGAGGGGCCUCGCGGCAGCGGGUGCACGCGCACCGUGAAGGACUGAACAGCUCUGCUGCUCCUCCUCGCCGGCUCCCCGCGCUCCAAGGCGAGACCAGGCAAGGGAGACGGAGGCGGCACGCCGGAGAGAGACGCAAGCAGGGCUCCGAUCGCCGCGCGCAGGACCGGCGGGGUACCGUGCAGCCCGGGCGCAGGCGGAGCUCGGGGCUGACGGCGGCGGGGAGGCGUCUCGGCGCUCGGGCCGGUCCCGCGCACCUGCCCGCGGGCGCCCAGGACUCCCGACUCACCUGUCCCCGACGCCCACUUCUGCCGCAUCCGGACUGCGCGAGCUUGGAGCGCGACCCGAGCUAAUAUGCCCAGAGCCGAGGCGCGAUGAAGGAGAAAUCCAAGAAUGCGGCCAAAACCAGGAGGGAGAAGGAAAAUGGCGAGUUUUAUGAGCUGGCCAAGCUGCUCCCGCUGCCGUCGGCCAUCACCUCGCAGCUGGACAAAGCGUCCAUCAUCCGUCUCACCACGAGCUACCUGAAGAUGCGCGCUGUCUUCCCUGAAGGUUUAGGAGACGCAUGGGGACAGCCAAGCCGCACCGGGCCUCUGGACAGCGUUGCCAAGGAGCUGGGAUCGCACUUGCUGCAGACUUUGGAUGGAUUUGUUUUUGUGGUAGCGUCUGAUGGCAAAAUCAUGUACAUAUCCGAGACAGCUUCUGUGCAUUUAGGCCUGUCCCAGGUGGAGCUCACGGGCAACAGCAUUUACGAGUACAUCCAUCCCUCUGACCAUGACGAGAUGACCGCUGUCCUGGCCGCCCACCCACCUCUGCACCAUCACCUGCUCCAAGAGUACGAGAUCGAGAGGUCGUUCUUCCUCCGCAUGAAGUGCGUCUUGGCCAAGAGGAACGCGGGCCUGACCUGCAGCGGGUACAAGGUCAUCCACUGCAGCGGCUACUUGAAGAUCAGGCAGUACAUGCUGGACAUGUCCCUGUACGACUCCUGCUACCAGAUCGUGGGGCUGGUGGCCGUGGGCCAGUCGCUGCCACCCAGCGCCAUCACGGAGAUCAAGCUGCACAGUAACAUGUUCAUGUUCAGGGCCAGCCUCGACCUGAAGCUCAUCUUCCUGGAUUCCAGGGUGACCGAGCUGACCGGCUAUGAGCCGCAGGACCUGAUCGAGAAGACGCUGUACCACCACGUGCACGGCUGCGACACCUUCCACCUGCGCUACGCGCACCACCUCCUGCUGGUGAAGGGCCAGGUCACCACCAAGUACUACCGGCUGCUGUCCAAGCUGGGCGGCUGGGUAUGGGUGCAGAGCUACGCCACCGUGGUGCACAACAGCCGCUCGUCCCGGCCGCACUGCAUCGUGAGUGUCAAUUAUGUCCUCACGGACGUGGAGUACAAGGAUCUGCAGCUGUCGUUGGAACAGGCGUCCACUCCCAAGGCGCCGGACUCCUGGAGGACCACCCUGCCUACCUCGCAAGAAACCAGGAAGCUGGCUAAGCCCAAGAGCAUGAAGGUGAAGGCGAAGCUGAGAGCUAACCCCUACCCCCCACAGCAAUACGGUGCGUUCCACGUAGACAAACUGGAUUGCGGCCAGCUCGGACCGUGGGCAGCCGGCGCCCCUGCCAGCGCCCCAGCCGCCCCGGAGCAGCAGCUGCACGCCGAAGGCAGCGACCUCCUGUACGCGCCCCCCUACAGCCUGCCUUUCCCCUACCGCUAUGGCCCCUUCCCCCUGGACGCGCCUGUCUUUAGUGGUGGCAAGAAGCCCGCACUGCAGGCCAAGUUCGCGCCGCCCCCGGGCACCCCGUGCGAGAUGGCACGCUUCCUCCUGAGCACGCUGCCGGCCGGAGCCGAGUGCCAGUGGCAUUGCGCCAACGCCCUGGGUCCCGCCAGCCCGCCCGCACCCCCUAAGUGCCUCGCGGAGCCGCCUGCGGCCCGGCACCUCGCGGCCGGCUACGAAGCAGCGCCCGGCGCCAUCGCGCGCAGGUUCGGUGAGGACUCCGCGCCCCAACCGCCGCCUCCACCGCCGCCGCCGCCGAGCUUCCCAAGCUGUGGCCACUACCGCGAGGACCCCGCGCCGGGCCCGGCCAAGGUCGCACGCCAGGCCCGGGACGCGGCGCGGCUGCCCGAGUGUUGCGUGCCCCCAGGCCCGGAGCCGCCGAGCGCGCGCGCACAGCUGCCCCUGGUGCUGCUCAAUUGCCACCGCGUGCUGGCACGGCGCGGGACGCUGGGGGGCGCUGCGCCGGGCCUGGCCUGCGGCCCCGCCGCUCCUGAGUGCCUGCUGCGGCCCCGGCACGCAAGCCCUGCAGCGACCUCGUCCCCUGGCGCGCCGCGGCCUCACUACUUGGGCACCUCGGUCAUCAUCACCAACGGCAGGUGACGAAGCCCGGCUCGGCCCCGCCAGUUUCCCGCGGCGCAGGCCUAGCGGACGGACUGUCGCGACGCGCUUCUGAGGGCUAGCCGACGCGACGGAUGCAGAGAUGGCGACCUCGGCGAGCUCCGCACCAACCCAGAGUCACCCGGGAUGGACGCGGGCACUGCGGGCCCCCAGCAGGGACUGAACUGUCGGACCUUGUCCUGCGAGCCCGAAGUCCCUGUCCACUCCGACCUCAUGCGCCCUGCCUUUAAUUGGGGACACUCGGUUUCCUCCAUUUGAGAUCAAGCUCUAGGAGUCUUACUGUCCCUCAGGGCUGGCGAUGGCAGAUUUCAGGCUCUGCAGCUCAAGGACACGCGAGGCGGUGGCCAUCCACCCGGACAGGCACCAGAUUCCAGGCGGGGCUCGGUCCCCUCAGUGCUUAGGUGAAGGCAGAGGGCGGGCGCUUUCAGCUCCCUGCAUGCACCACUCCGCAGUCUUUAAGUCAUUCAUGAGUCUUAGGAAUUUUGUAAAACUUGAAUCCUUUCCUGAAUACAAAAAUCAGCAAGCCAAGUUGUGUGUCUGUGUGCGCGCGUGCAGGUGUGGUUACAAACACAUUAAAAGCGUGCAUGUCCCCGCCAGACGGGCUCUUGCUUGCCCUGGGAACAGCACCUUAGGAGCAGGAGCUCACAGAGGCGGCAUCAAAUGCAGAAGGCCCCACGCCCCGGGCAGAGUCCGGAGCCAUGGAGCCACCGCGAGCCAGCCCCGUGUGGCGCUGACAGUCUGGCGAGCUGCGUAUGCAAUAUGGGAACGCAGUGGUCCACGCCGUGUGGGGAACAGUGUGCCAAGCAACGUCCCGAGGACUAUGGACACGUUCUAAGCGUCUUCGUGGCAGAGCUUGCUCUGAACUUAUUGUGUGUAACAAGGUGGUCGGAGAGCGUUUCUAAAGCACCAACAGUGUUUGAAAACUAAAAUUCCAUUACUUUUCAUUUUUACAGCUGCUUGCUCAAAGAUGUCACCGUUUAAAAAUCCCAUCAUGGCUGUGAUCUGGAUACAUGAGGUCACAGACACUCCACGUGCCACGCGCUCAUUUUGCUGCUUAUUCGAAAACAGUUUACUUUGAGGAGACUACUCCCAUCUUCUGAGUGGAGAGGGGUUUUCAAGUUUUGAGUUUCUUCUGGUAUCAAAGUGCUCUUCAAAGGUGAACUGAUCUUUUGCCAGCCCUGUGUGAGGACUCCGUGUAUCCCCUGCAGAGUGCACUUGGCCUUAGAGUGUGUAAAUUGGGGGACACAUGUCCCGUGGCAGGGGAGCCAGAGGCACCCACCCUCCCGAGUUCGGGGUGGCGGAGCAAGUGCACCCCAGGAAAGCCAAGGGUACUGCACCUUCUGCUCGUGAGCCUCUGAAUGAAACUGUGAUUCCUGAGACGCUCGAGACUUCACCAGUGUCCAGUAAAGCACUGCAAAAUGC